AACAACAGUGAAAAUAAUUUAUCAAAUGAAUCAGCAUUGUUGAUAUCAAAAUUUAUAAAUGCAUUUAAUAUUUAUCUUGAUAAUUCAACUGAUCACAUCGUACAAUCUCUAUUAAGAUCAAAAUUUAUUGAUAAUAAUUACAGUGAUAUAUUUAAAAAUAUAAUUGAGGUAAUAUAUUCAUUUAAAAAUAUGAAUACUGAUGAUUUAUCAUCAAAAUUAACAAUUAUUUCUGAUGAAACGUAUGCAUGACAUUUAUUGAUCUUAAUAACUUGGCGAAAAUUAAUAAAUUGUAAUAUUGAUAAAGAAAAAUACAUUGAUAAAAUUGCUUGUACUCUACUUGGUCAGUAUUCACCAACAUCAUUAUAUAGCUAUUUAAAAAAUUCAAAAUUAUGUAUUAAUAUUGAGCCAAAAUCAUUGAAUAAUAAUAAUAGCUUUAUAAAAUAUUUAUUAAAACAAGAUUAUUUUAAUUUAAAAAAUAUCAUUGAUAAUUAUUUGAUUUAUGAGAAUAAAACAAAAGUUCCAUAACACGAGGUUUCUUGCUUAAAUGCAAAUAAUAAAAAUAAUAAUAAAAAAAUAAUUAUAAAUAAUAAUUUAACAUCUGUAAAACGUAAAUUGAAUAAUAAAAAAAAAAUUAUUCAUAUUGAUUUAACUGAAGAUGAUGAUGAUGGCUGUAAUAAUAAAAAGAAAAAUUUAAAGAAAAAAAAAAAAGAAUUAUUAUGGUUAAAAAAAUUAAUAAAUAAUGAUAAAAAUAAAAAAAAAUUAAUAAAUAAUUGUGUUGAAAUUGUUGAUGCUCAUAGUACAGAAAAUUUUGAUAAUAUUGAUCGAAAAAAUAAAUAUGAUACAUCAUUAAAAGAUGUUUUUUUAACAACAAAUAUUGAUGAUAAUUGUCAAAUAAAUAUGUGUCCAGUAUCAACAACAGUAUCAGCAAUUUCAACAGAUGAAAUAUCAAUUGAACCACCAAUUUGUUGGAAUGAUGCUAAUUUAUUUGAACCAACAGAUUAUUAUGAACUUGAUUUUUUUAUUGAUAAUGAUUAUCAACAAAAUCAAAUGAAUAAAAUUACGGAAAAUAAUCAACAAAUUAAAAUUGAUAAAUCAAGUAAUGAUGAAUCGAAAAAUAUACAAAUUGAAGAAAAUAUAUUUAGUGAUUCACAAGUUAAAAAAAAUACAACAAAUUGGAAUUAUUUAUUUGAUUAUCAUUUGGCAAAUAUUGAGUCGACUGAUAAUUCAGUUGAAUCACAAUUGUUAGUUGAUCCAAAGCUUGUCAAUAAAAAUACCACAAAUAUUAAACAAAAUUAUUUGUCAUGUUUAGGUUUAAAUCAUAAACAAAAUGAUACAUUUGCAGAAGAACAAAUUGAUAUGAAUAAUUUACAAACAAACUAUUGUCAAAGUACAAAUGAAAAUGAUUUAAAAAAUAUGAAAUAUAAUAUUGAAGAUGUUCCAUCGACAUCUAGAGAUUCAAAUAUAAUUGAAAAUAAUAAUUUUUCAUUGUCAAAUGUUUCAUCAACAACAACUUGUACAACAACUUCAAGAUUUGCUAUGAAUAACAUCAAUGAAGAUUCAACUUUGAAGAAAUUAAAAAAAUCAUCAAUGAAGAUUACUAAAAAUCAAAAUAUUCAGCAUUCUAUAGUUAAAGAUUUUCCAAGUCAAGUUUUAAAUAAACAAAAAAAAAAUUCACAUUUGCCAAGUUCAAUGGACAGUUCCUAAUUUCGCGACCAGUAUAAUGAAGAUUCCAGAUUUUUGCAUGAUAAAAAUAGCAUUAAUAAUAACGACAAAUAUUUUAAAAAUUAACUAAAAUACUUUUGCUUUAAAAUAUAAUCUUAGUAUUAAUUUUUUAUUUGAUACAUUUGCUAUAUAUAAAUUAGGAUAAAUAUUUACAAUUUAUUUAUAAAAUACAUUGAUAAUAUUUAUUUUAUAUGUUUUUUUUUUUUUGUUUUAAUAUUUAAUUUUAAGUAGCAUGAUAUAACAUGUGUAUACGUACCUAAAUGAAUGACAAAAUAAUGUCGAUAAACAAUAUAUAAAUAAAAAAUAUAUAUAGGAUACAAGAAACUAUAGAGUAAAAAAAUAAAAUUGGAAAAUAAAAUAAAAAAAUAUGA